GUAUGUGUCUGUGUUGUUGGUGAUCGGCUCUGUCGCCACAGGAGCUCCACGGGGCCUCGUUGGUGUUUAAGACUUGAAGCUGAAGAGCAGGACUUCCUGCGUGAAAGGGCGUGCAGCGGCAGACAGUUUGUGCACAGCAAGCUCCAAUGGACAGAGAUGGGGGCACAAAGUGCUGGAGUAACUCAGCGGGUCAGGCAGCAACAACUACUAUUUUGUGGGUACAAGGAACUGCAAUGCUGGUUUACAAAGAAAGACACAAAGUGCUGGAGUAACUCAGUGGGUCAGGCAGCAUCUCUGGAGAACGGGCGUCAAGGGUUGUGGGGGAAGAAGGCAAGAAAUGGGAUUAGGAGGCAGAGAUCAGCCAUGAUUGAGUGGUGGAGUAGACUCGAUGGGCCAAAUGGCCUAUUUCCACUCCUAGAACUUGUGAACAUGGAUAGAUUAUGUUUUGGGUCGAUACCCUUCUUCAGUCUGAUUCUAUUGGGAGGUGGAGAAAGGUGAAAGACAAAAUCUAGCAAGUCUAGCAAAGUAUAGCAACUGCAGAUGUUGGUUUAUACCAAAGACACAUAAAAUGCUAGAGUAACUCAAUGGGUCAAGCAGCAUCUCUGGAGAAAAAGAAUAGGUGAUACUUUGGGUCAGAACCCUGCUUCAGACUGCAAGGGUUCUAAACCGAAACCUCAUCUAUUCAUUUUCUCCAGCCUGACCCGCUAAGUUCCUCCAACACUUUGUGAAUAUCAAAGUCUAGCAAGAUAGAUGUAUAUUGUUGUGAGUCCAGGUCAGAAUAUAGUUGAAGAGCAGCAGGAAUCACGGGGAGAGCAGUGAAAGGGGGGUCUCAGAAGUCCUGUCAGCAGAGGAGGAUGUUCUGAAAUCCUGCUGCUCUCCUAUCGUGUUCUGUCCUGAAUUUGCACCCUGUAUCCACCUAACAUUUGCCAGACUUUGGCUUCUUACAGCUUUCUCCUUCCUAACACAAUCAGUUUGAUGACGCAAAACGUCACCUUAGUUGAUUGUCACGUGUACCGAGGUACUGUUUUCCAGCGAUGCUGCCUGACCUUCUAAGUGAUUCAACACUUUGUGUCUUUUUUUCCAAACCAGCAUCUGCAGUUCCUUAUGUCUACAGAGAUGGGGUGAUGGCAAUAUCAGUUCCAGUGACUGGAAGGAGGGAAUUAACCUGAUGGUCACAGCUCUCAGCCUCCUGUACCUUCUUCCCGAUGGGUGGCACAGUUGGUAGAGCUGCUGCGUCACAGUGGCAGAGGCCCAGGUUCCAUCCUGACCUUGGGUGAUGUCUGUGGAGUUUGCAUGAUCUCCUUUUGAUCACAUGGGUUUCCUCCAGGGGCUCCCAUUUCCUGCGACAUCCCAAAGUUUGUAGGUUGAUUGGCCCUCUAUAAAUUACCCCUAGUGUGUAGCGAGUGAAUGCGAAAGUGGGAUAACAUAGAACUUGUGUGCAGGGUGACCGAUUGUUGUCAUGGAUUUGGGCUGUAGGGCCUGUUUCCAUGAUGUAUCUUUCAAUCAAUCAAUCAAUGGUAGUAUCAAGAUGAGAGUGUGGUGUGGUUCUUUGAUAUUCGCUGUCUUUUUGAGGCUGCAUUUCCUAUCGAUCCCUUCAAUGGUGGUAAGGCCAGUACCUGUGAUGCACCAGUCUUCUACAUGAAGGAACAUCUGUACACAUUUGCCAAAAUGCCAGGCUGAUAUUGGUUGAUGUUACUAAUGAUGUUCUUGGUUGUUACUGAUCCCUUUAUCUUUGAUUUCCCUCUACAGAAUAAAACUUUGCACUUUGAACUACCACAGAGAAAAAUGAUUCAACCCAUGUAUAAUCUGUCAUGAAAUCGAAACCAUUAGAUAACAGAAAAUGAAUUAUGGAAGGAAGCCAAGCAGAGGAGGAGGAGGAAGGUCCAACAAGCCCAGCAGUGGGUCAGGAGGAGGAAGCAGGAAAGGCUCGGGCAAAACCUGGGAUGACGGGGACGAUUUUAGUUUCAGCCAGAAGACUGUUCGGCCGACCAGAGCUCGAGGGCGGGGUAGAGGUGGAGCGAGAGGCAGGGGCAGAGCUGGAGGUGGAGGUAGAGCUGGAGCUGGAGGUGGAGGUAGAGGGAGAGCCAGAAUUGGAAGCAGAGCCAGUGUUUCCAGUCAAAAACUCCCUGAUGAAGAGUCGAAGGAACAUGGAGAAUUCAACUUAUUCGGUAGUCUGAGUAAAUCACAGAGCAAGUCAAACCAGGAUGGCCAAAGGGGAGGCGUGUCCAAAGCCAAGUUUGAACCCCGUGUACCUCUGCAAACCAUCAACAUGUCCGCUGAAAACCAGAAAGAAGUUAAACGGCUUCUCCAAGAGCUGCAAGUUAAAGAAAAGGAGGCGGCUGCUGAAAACGAGGAGAGUGAGGAGGAAUACGAGCUGAAUGAAGAACUGGAUGACCUGGAUUACAGACACGAUGACCAGUACUGGUCCACGAGAGAAGAGGGUUUGGCAGUGGCUGAACGCAGCUCACCUGUCUAUUUUCCUGUGGAACAGCAGACCACGUUGAAGCAGCCAGAGAUCUCUCCAUUUGCAGUUUGGAAGCUAACUAGGUAUGGUUUCCAUGCGGAUCAUUGCAUUCCAGCGCUCAAAAUGUUUGAUGGGGAUGCAGGAUUAUCUUUGGAAUAUUUGUUACUCCAGUGCUUCAAGGAAAAGUUUGGAGAUGGGAUCAAGGCCUCCCCCAACUCUGGGAACGUGGGCUCGGAAGAGUGCGAGGAGCGCCGGCAAGAGGAAGCCCUCGUUCUCAGUUCCAUCUACGAAGGCAAAUUCUUCGAAAAGAUACAGAACCGAAUUUGGACGGUUGAGUUGCCCCUCAAUCAUUUGACGCAGAAACUAAAUAAAGUGGGACAGUGUGAGACUGAAGAGUCAGGCGUAAAGGCUGGGAGAGGCAUCUGCCAACAUUACCUGAAGGGCAAGUGCUGCUUUGGGUCGAGGUGCAAAUUCAGGCACGAAACUCCGAGGAGAGAUGAAAGGAAAGAUGACAGCCACUUGCGCUGUGAUCCCAGUGCCAUCCUCUACACACUUGAAAUCCGAUUCCCGCCUUCCAAUAAAUACCCGUACCAGGCGCCUCUUGUGGCCUUUUCCACCACCAAUGACAACGUCCCGCAAGCUUGCCGGCUCCACAUCGCCGAGUAUCUCUAUGGGCAGACCUUGGAUGCAACAGAAACAAGUGAACCAGUGGUCCACACUCUGAUCAUGUGCCUGGAGGAUGAAGCAAGAAUGAGUGAGCUGCUCCUGGAAACCUCCCAUAAAUACAGCAACCCUGCCACGCUUCCCUUCAUGCCUCAGCAGACUAACGGUGAACAGGACCUGAAGAUGCCCUCCGAGCACCCGCCCGAGCAGCGGCUUCCAGAGAGGGACAGUCCUGGGCAGGAGGCAGAAGAUGACAAAUUGCAGGAGGCAGAAGCCGAGGCUGUGGUAGUGGAGACGGAGAGUUAUGUACAUCUGAAGAAGAGGCAGCUGAAGAAAUACAGCUGGAGAGCGGAAAAUGUAUUUCGGGAAAACCAAAGACUCUGUAAACAAUUUAAAGCCAAACAGUCUUCCAAACGUUACCUGUUGAUGCUGCAAGAAAGGAGGAAGCUGCCAGCUUUCGACGCGAGAGGCAGUAUCUUGGACACACUGAGCAAGGCCCAGGUGCUGGUCGUGAGUGGCAUGACAGGGUGCGGAAAGACGACUCAGAUUCCUCAGUUUAUCCUGGAUGACUCCCUCGUUGGUCUUCCAGGAGAAGUUGCAAACAUCAUCUGCACUCAACCUCGAAGGAUUUCCGCCAUUUCUGUUGCCGAGCGGGUCGCCAAAGAGCGGAGCGAGAGGCUGGGAGAAAGUGUAGGAUACCAGAUCCGACUAGAAACUGUGAAGUCCUCUUUGACCAGGUUGCUUUAUUGUACUGCUGGAGUGCUGCUCAGGCGUCUGGAGGCUGAUCCAGACCUUUGUGGUGUGUCUCACGUUAUCGUGGAUGAAGUUCACGAAAGAACCGAGGAAAGUGAUUUCUUGCUGUUGGUGCUGAAGGAUCUGAUAAUGACUCGGCGUGAUCUGCGGAUUGUCCUGAUGAGCGCAACCUUGAAUGCCCAGCUCUUCACAGAGUACUUCAAUAUGUGCCCCUGUCUUCACAUCCCAGGGCAUACUUUCCCAGUGGAUCAAUAUUUCUUGGAAGAUGCACUUGCACGGACAAGAUAUGUUUUAGAAGACAGAAGCCCUUAUGCACGAACUACAAAGAUGAACCAUUAUGAUGAGUCAUGGGUGGCUAAAGGUAAAAAUAACUUGAAUUCCACACAAACCUUUGAGGAGCAGCUAAGUUCAUUGCAAAUACAACAUCGACCAUCAGUCAAAGACAGCAUCCCAGACCAGCAACUGAAUGUUAAUCAACUGAUGAUUCGUUACAAAGAUGUUAGUAAGUCUGUGCUAAAGACUCUGGCGGGUAUGGACCUGGAUAAAAUCAACUUGGAUUUAAUUGAAGCUCUGCUGGAGUGGAUAGUGGAUGGGAACCAUAAUUAUCCUCCAGGAGCUGUUUUAAUAUUCUUACCUGGCCUGGCCGAUAUCAAGUUGUUGUACGAACAGCUUCAGUCUAACCCCUUCUUCAAUAACAAGCAUGAAAAGAGGUGCCUUAUCUACCCUCUCCACUCCUCACUGUCAAGCGAGGAACAGCAAGCAGUCUUCCUCCGUCCCCCUGAAGGGACCACCAAGAUCAUCAUCUCCACGAACAUUGCUGAAACCUCAGUCACCAUUGAUGACAUUGUUUACGUCAUUGACUCUGGCAAGAUGAAAGAAAAGAGGUAUGACCCCUGCAAAGGGAUGGAAAGCCUGGAGGACACGUGGGUAUCGCGAGCAAACGCCCAGCAGAGGAAGGGUCGUGCCGGGCGUGUGGCAGCCGGGGUCUGCUUCCACCUCUUCACCAGCCACUGCUACCAGCACCACCUUCAGGAGCUCCAGCUGCCCGAGAUCAAGAGGGUGCCUCUGGAGCAGCUCUGCCUCAGGAUCAAGGUUUUGGACAUUUUUGCAGAUCUUGACUUGGAGUCUGUGCUGUCGCGUUUGGUUGAAGUGCCAACAGACGAGAGUCUGAAGGCAGCGAAGAAUCGGCUGCAGGAUCUGGGGGCCCUCACGCCUGAUGAAACCCUCACCCCCCUGGGAUAUCACUUGGCCUUUCUGCCCGUUGACGUCCGCAUUGGGAAACUGAUGCUGUUUGGUGCUAUCUUCAGAUGCCUGGACCCCACCCUGACCAUUGCAGCUAGCUUAGCCUUUAAAAACCCUUUUGUUGCCCCAUGGGACAAGAGAGAAGAAGCAAAUGCAAAGAAGCUAGAAUUUGCUGUGGCUCACAGCGACUAUCUGACCAUCUUCCAGGCCUAUAAGGGAUGGACUUCUGCCCUAAAAUUAAGUGCUCGAGCAGCUUACAGCUACUGCAGGCAAAACUUUUUGUCUGGACGAACACUGCAGGAGAUCUCUGGGAUGAAGAGACAGUUUGCAGAGUUGCUGUCGGACAUUGGCUUUGUGAAGGAGGGACUGAGGGCCAAAUAUAUCGAGAAGCUGGCUUCACAUGGAGGAGAUGGGAUUAUCGAGGCCACUGGACACGAGGCCAACUCCAAUGCGGGUAACCUGAAGUUAGUUUCGGCAAUUCUGUGUGCUGCCUUGUACCCCAAUGUAGUCCAGGUGACUGCUCCCCAGAGUAAGUAUACACAGACCAUGUCGGGAGCGGUGAAGCUGCCGCCCAAACCAGAGGAGCUACACUUCAUCACGAAGAAUGAUGGAAAUGUUCACAUCCACCCUUCCUCCGUCAACUAUCAGGUUCGUCACUUUGAGAGCCCAUACCUGGUGUACCACGAGAAGGUGAAGACCAGCCGUGUGUUCCUGAGGGACUGCAGCAUGGUAUCUGUGUACCCUCUCGUGCUGUUCGGGGGAGGGCAGAUCCACGUGGAGCUCAAGAGAGGGCACUUCAUCCUUUCCCUGGAUGACGGGUGGAUUCGGUUUGCAGCUGCUUCCCAUCAGAUUGCCGAGUUAGUGAAGGAGCUUCGUUGGGAACUGGACCAGCUUCUGGAGGAUAAAAUCAAGGAGCCCACGAUGGAUCUGUGCACUUGCCCACGAGGAUCACUGAUUAUCGACAUGAUCGUUAAACUGGUCACAACUCAGUGAAGGCGCGGCUGGAAAGUGUGUCCCAUCUGGGGCGUCUGCCACCCGUCGCUUUCCCAAACAUUUGCAGUGAGAUCCAAAUCUAUUACCCAGGCUCAGCUGACGUUACUGGACCGUGUGGUCUAAGUCCUACAUGGCACGACCCAAGACUCAAACCUGUGCAGCAAGUAAAUUUCUGCUUCGUCUCUCAGUAAAGAAUAUUUUGAUGGAAA